AGAUAGAUAUAGAUGAUGGACAACAAUGAUGUGCCGGCAGAGAAGAUAACCAAGUCGACCAAACCAUUUCCAAAACUGAUUGAAGACGCUGUGAUUGCACUGAAAGAAAUUGAAAAACAGCUCAAUGAACCAUUGGUCGGAAGUAAAAAGAGAUACAAAGGGUCGACAAUUCAAUCUGUCACUAAAUUCAUCUUGCAACAAAAUGAUUUUCCUGACGAAUCUCGAUCAAAGAAUUCAAUUAAGUUGGCUGCUAAAAAAAUGUUAAAUAAGAAAACGCUCAUCAAUACAUCUGGAAAUGGACUUAAUGGCAGAUUCAAGCUGAGUGACGAAAUUGUUGCAACUAAGACUAAAAAGCCGACAGCUAAGAAAACUACCAAGAAACCAGCCCUUAAGAAGAAACCCGCUGCCAAACCCGCUGAUACAGAAACUGAUAGUGAGGCUGAGGUUGAAACCAAAAAGCCAGCAGCUAAGAAAACAACUAAGAAACCAGCUCCCAAGAAGAAAGUAGCUCCUAAACCAGCUGACUCGGUAACAGAAGAAUCUGAGAGUGAAUCUGAGAGUGACAGUCAGGCUUCUUCUCCGGAGAAAACAAAACCCAAGGCAAAGGGGAGACCUGCCAAAACCAAGAUCGUCAGUAAAGUUGUCAAGAAAGCUAAAAAACCAGCGAAGAAAAUAGCAGACCUCACCAAACCUCCUCUGAAGAAAACCGCACCAAUGCCCGAUGCUGAAACAGGACCACCACCAGCCAAACCUAAAGCUACCAAGAAAGUAAAGGCACCAGCAGGACCACCUGUACCCAAACAGAGUGUCUAUGAUCAGAUUUUAAAUGACGGGGAAUCUGACAAAGAGAACGAGGCUUCGCCAGUGAAGAAGAAUUUAAAAAAGACAGCCAAGAAAACAAAGAUAGUUCCUCAGAAGAAGACUGUGGAUGAGUUUGAAUUGGAGGACGAACUUGAUGUGCCAGUGCCGGUAAAGACAAAGGGGAAAGGAAAAGCUACCAAGAAACCUGUCUAUAAACCCGUUUAUACCGAAUCUGAGUCGGAAUCAGAAAAGGAGUUUUGAUUGUAAUAACCAAUUUUUUUAAGGUCUUGAUUGAGUCACUGAAUUGCGAAUUUACUUUAAUCAUUUUAUGUUUUUUUCCUUCGAUUUUUUGGAAUUGAAGUGUCUUUUUAUCUGAUUCUGAUAUUUUUUUCAGUAGUUUUGUUUUAACCUUUUUUUCGGGAGACUUGUAAGUUAUUAUGUAUAGAAUAAAACAUUUAAUGAAUUAUCAAAUUUAAAUCACCAAACUUUUAAUUGGGAAUUGCUGAUUUUAAUUCGUAAAAAUGUCGAUGACUCAUAUAAAAGUUAAACAAUAAACCUGAAUGUAAUCUAAAAUUGAUCUAUCUUCGGAGUU